GGAAGGUUACUCCACCCGUUACAGUAACCGGGAAUAGUCAAGGAGCUGAGAAUAGUGGGUCAAGAUCACAGGAAGUUGAAGAGCCUGUGUCAGUUACACACUGUAGUACUGCUGGUCAUGCAACGAGAACUGUGCUGCGGAGGGUUUCUCCACUUUGUCCUAUGAACACUCGAGAGUCUGUGGCUAUCAACAAGCACAAUGUUGGGCGUCCAAGGAAGACUAUCUCGCAGAAGGUUACUAAAACUGGUGUUGUGAGCAGUCAAGGUCUGUGCAUCAGCCGUAGGUGCACUAAUGCUGAUAGUGGUGAUUGGGUGAAGUGUGACAAUUGUGGGCAAUGGUAUCACUGUGAAUGUGUGGGAAUUGUUAUAGAAAAUGCCAAAGAAAUCCGUUUUGAAUGCUGUUAGAUCUAUUUUUUUGUGAAUCAUUUUGCAGUAUUGUGUUAUAUAACUGUUCAUUAGUUUUAUAAUUUUUCAUUAGUCAUGUGUUUUUCAUUAGUCAUGUGAUGUUUGGUAUGAUUGGUAGAGUCUACA